AAACUCGCUUUGACCGUCGCAGACUUUCUCAGAUGAGUUGUUUUCAGUCUGAGUUCUAGUCUGGAGGACUAGUUUAGUUCAGUGAUGUCCAGGUCGCGCGCGCAGCGGUCAGGUUGUGUGAUCAUGUGAAGGUGAUUAUCAGCGGAGGAUCGAGGAUCGAGCUGCGGGAGGAUGAAUGUAUUUCUCCGGCUCGGAUUCUCAUUUCUGCUGCUCUUCUGCGCGUCUGUUUCUGCUCAAGGUCCAGAAUGUGGAGCUGGAUGUCAUCAACACCACGGCUUCUGUGAGCAGUCUGGAGAAUGCAGGUGCAGAGCAGGUUGGCGCGGUGCGGUGUGUGAUCAGUGUGUUCCUUCACCUGACUGUGUUCACGGAGUGUGUGAAGAGCCCGGGCAGUGUGUCUGUGAGCGCGGAUGGACAGGAGCUCGCUGCGAUCGAGAGGUUCACCGGUGUUCAUCAAAGCUCUGCUCGGGAAACUCUACCUGUGUGCAGACCGGACGAGGAGGACACGUCUGUCUCUGUUCUCCUGGAUACACCGGGGAAAACUGCCAGCUGAAGACAGGAGUGUGUUCAGAGAACGGCUCUCGCUGUCAGAACGGAGGAAGCUGUGUGAACACGAGUGGCUUUGACAGCCGUUCCUCUUGUCUCUGUGCACCUGGAUUCACUGGCUCUGUCUGUGAGAAGGAGCUUGACGUCUGCCAGCCCAAUCCGUGUGUGAACGGUGGCAGAUGCGUCCAGCGUGACCCGACCUACACCUGCGUCUGUCCGCCGCUCUUCUCCGGGCCGGUUUGUGACGUCAGUCUCUCUGUGUGUUCCAGCGAUCGCUGUAUGAACGGAGGCACCUGCUCUAACGACACACUCGGCCGGAUCCGCUGCGUCUGCCCGCCCAGAUUCACCGGCCCGUCCUGUGAGCUCCACGUCAGCCAGCUCAAGCCCAAGCCCCGAGCGAGAGCGCUAGGUCCGGGUCACCACACCGCAGCAGCUCACACUUUCCACAAGCUGCUGCGUCCGUCCGAGCGAGAGCCACUCCAGCCGUCCGGUCCACUGGUCACCCGCAGCCAGAUCAUCUGCUUCUCUGUUCUGGGUCUCCUCACCUGUCUGGUGAUCCUGGUCACGUCGGGCAUCGUCUUCUUCUCCCGCUGUGAGACGUGGAUGGCCAACACUAAAUACAGCCAGCUGGUGCGACAGCAGAGAGACCAGCUCCUGAGAGCAUCUGACCUCGAGCAGCGUUCACUCAACAUCAUCCUGCCGGAGAACAUCAGGAUGAGCAACUACAGCAGGCUCUACACGUCUAUAUGAAGCUGACGCGUGCGUCUGGACGAGACCCAGACGAGAGGUUUGGUGCUUUAGUCUCUCGUGGGGAAAACAGCUGUAGGAUUUCAUGGUUUUAUUGCUGGAUUACAUGCAUAUAUUAAACGAGCAACACUCACGGCUCUCUCUCGUUCAGAAGACUGGUGAAGUGAAUGGUUCUCACUUAUCUCUAGUUAUCACACAUAACCUGGUUUAAUGGAGGUGAAUGGAUGAAGGGUUCACCACGGCGUGUUACGACUCACGAGCUGACCGUUAUCGUCAUGUUUUCAUCACCUGAGCAUUUUGUAAUCUUUACUUUUCAUGCAUAUAUUUACAUGCGAACAAAUGAUUAAUGUAGCACUAAAUAAACCAUUGUUUUCAUCUCCAUGAACAACGUAGUCUGUUCAUAUUUCUUCUGAAUUGAUGCUGUCUUGGCAGUAUGGUUGUGCAUUUUAUUUAGUGUUUUUUUUAU